UGGGUGGGGCUCACAGGGCUCUCCUGAGCUCUUCUCAUGAAAGCAGCUCCAAUGGACCGGAUGGAAUCUCUCUCAUGGCUGAGAUCGUGUGAUAGCCAGCCACAACAAUUCCCAAUAUGUCCAGAUGUCAUCCAAGGUGCACGGCAUCUAGUUCUUGAAUUCUUCAUAAACCUCCAUGAGGGCUUCUCCCUCCCGAGACAUUCUCAACGGCCCACCAUCUUUCGAGCUCUUCUUUCAUUCGUUUUUCUGUAGCUCCCGCUCCCGCUCUUCUACCUCUUUUCUCCACAGCCACUCUCACAAUUUCAGUCUUUCACGAUGGCAGACGGAUUAAAUGAACAAAGGACUGUUCGAGUAGCCGAUCUGCUCUCAGACUUCCGAACCUUACAAUACUGGAUCGCUGCCGCUCCUGUCGAUCCUGAGGAUCAGGAUGAUUACUACACAGAAGGCUGGGCUGCUCUACGUCAAUGCUCCAUAGACGGACAGCACAUCUUGAACUGUGCUGCGGAGACACGGGUUCCAAGAGUGAGAGGCGGACCGGAAGAGCAAGAGAAGGCAGAGCUACAGCAGGUCAUGCUCGACGCCUUCGCACGGCGACACGAAGGUCAAAAGAUCUACCUCCGACAGCAAGCUGCACAGCGCUGGAUCAGUUGGCGAGACCAAGUUCUCCAAGGACAACGCCCUCACUCUGGUCACACUUCCCAACUGUCCGCCUGUGAUGCGCAAUUGCGGGUUGAACUUGCAGCCAUCACAGAUGAUUCUAUCUACUCUGAUAUGCGAUCUUCUGACUAUCAAAUGGGGCGCUGGACACACGAGGACCCAAGCCUACGGCACAUUCAGAGAUGGGUUCGCGCCAGGCGUUGAAUCUAAAUAGCAGAAUAAUCAAAGGGGGGGAAAUGUUUGACGAAGGGAAAUAAAGGUUGGAUUUUGCAAGGAGCAACGGGACAGCAUAGCGGUCAUUUUCAGCAACGAGCAUUGGGAAGGCGUUUCUAUUCAUCCAAGCCGAGGCGCUGG